GGCGAACCGGCCAACCGGCGAUGUGACCGAGGAGCCGCGGAGAGAGCUAUACACACAUUUGAGGUUUCGGAUGUUUUCGUCGACGGAGUGAUCCACGAUGAACCUCACAGCGGGCAAUGCGCACGGCAACGGCCUGCUCUACGCCGGCUUCAAUCAGGACCAAGGAUGCUUCGCCUGUGGCAUGGAGAAUGGAUUCCGAGUAUACAACUGUGAUCCACUUAAGGAGAAAGAGAGGCAUGACUUUAGCGAUGGAGGUCUUGGAUAUGUAGAGAUGCUUUUCAGAUGUAAUUAUCUGGCGUUGGUUGGAGGUGGAGUCAAGCCAAUGUAUCCGACAAACAAAGUUAUGAUAUGGGAUGAUAUAAAGAAAUUACCAGCAAUUACCUUAGAAUUUAACGCACCCGUGAAAGGGGUAAAAUUGCGAAGAGACAGGAUAGUAGUAGUGUUAGAGGGUGUUAUAAAGGUUUAUACGUUUACACAAAAUCCCCAACAGUUGCACGUAUUUGAGACUAAUCCUAAUCCGCGAGGGUUAUGCGUUCUAUGCCCGAAUAGCAACAACUCCUUACUAGCCUUUCCUGGACGAAAGAAUGGCCACGUUCAAGUUAUAGAUCUGGCUAAUACAGAGAAGCAACCCUUAAAUAUAGAAGCACAUGAAACGCCUUUAUCUUGCAUAGCUUUAAAUCUGCAGGGCACCAGAUUGGCCACUGCCUCGGAGAAGGGUACUUUGAUAAGAGUAUUUGAUACGCAAAAUGGUAAUAUGAUUAACGAAUUAAGGAGAGGAGCGAAUCACGCAAAUAUCUAUUGCAUAAACUUCAAUCAUGACUCUACGUGGCUGUGUGUAGCCAGUGAUCAUGGCACUGUGCACGUAUUUGCCGUUGAAGAUCAAAAACUGAAUCGCCAAUCUAGUUUAGCGUCCGCCACGUUCCUGCCAAAGUACUUCAGCUCGAGUUGGAGUUUCUGUAAAUUUCAAGUGCCGAGCGGUCCUCAAUGCAUGUGUGCGUUUGGCCAAGAUAACAAUAGUAUCAUAGUGAUAUGCGCAGAUGGUAGUUAUUACAAGUUCGUGUUCAAUAACAAGGGUGAGUGCACGAGAGACUUUUAUGCUCAAUUUCUUGAGUUGACCGACGAUAAAGCGUGAUUGGAGGAUACAUAAUGGCGGUGAAUUUCUAACCGCGCGACGAGGGACUUGACUUUCGUGUUCCUUCACUAUUUUCACUUAUAUUUCGGCUGAGUAAAAGAAUUCAAUGGCUCGUAGGUACAUCGCAGGUACAUGGAGAUUGUAACACUCGAGCUGUUUAUAUAGGGGCAAUAAAGUUCGUACCUAACGUUACGAUAGAGGACCAAAUGAAGAGUUCUAUUGACUGUUGGUGAUAUCGUUCGUUGGUGUAUUGUGCGCAGAUUUUUGAAAACAAAAAGAAAAAUAAUUGACAAAUUGAACAGACAAAACUAUCUUAACAGAGAUUAUGUCAUAAACUUGUUACACAAGCCUAUUCGCUGACGCCUAUUAAUAGACGAAAGGAAAAUGUUAAAUAUAACAAACAGAAGGAAUACUUUCCCAGGUGAUAACCGGAGACAUCGCAAGUUACUUGUUGGCGUGAUACUCACGUUUUCUUACGUUUUAGAUAAGAAUGUUGCUGCAGCUAACUAAAACGAACAUUGGUCAUAAA